CUACAAUUGUACUCUUGGACUGCAAUUGUAGUCUACACAGGCCCCAUAGACGAAUGAAUCGUCUCAACAUGACCUUCACAUGAACAUAUUUUAACUCAAAAGCUAUACUCUUUUCGAUAUUGCAAUUUGCCUUAGACGACUAUGUCCAGUCAAAACCCUGCCCGAUCCAUUCAAGACCGUCCCGGUGACAAUGCGGUCUUUCCAACCGAUGACAUUUGGGAUAGGGCAACCCCAGACGACAGUUUCAGUUCAAAAACUGGAGACAGCGAGGAUGAAGAAGGAGAGGACUUGCCCGCCAGAGAUACACCAUUCGGCGACAGGGAAAGACAAGGGGGCGAUAGUCAAACUACUCGUGACGAAGGGAUCAAUGCUGAGUUGUUUUGUGCAGCCCAGAAAGGUCGCUGUAGAAUGAACAAGAGUGUCAAGACAGCCCUGAAUAAAUUUUUGAGUGCGCAGAGGAAAGCUCUCAUGGAGUUUUGCGUGCAGCACGAUGUGCGGCUGGCGACUGCAGAACGGUAUGCUAACUCUCAAAAUCAUCGUCGAGAAAGUGGUACAUGGCAGCUUUGGAGGAGAAGUCGGAUGCGUAGGACCGCUCUACUUGAGAAGUUCGGCGAAGAAAUCCUCAAGAAUGUCAGCCGAAAGGAAAUGGACGAAGCAUCCCGGGAGCUUUCCCGCACCGACGUCUUCUCUAUCAUCUGUUCUUUCUUCGCCGUCUGUCUCUGACACAUCCACUUCCACAAUCUCGCGGUCUUUCUCCACAUAUACCUCAUCCAGGCUCGGAUUCCCAUCCAUACCAGUUGUUUCAAAUCCCCACCGAAUACCCACUCGCUCUCGCAGCAUUAUUAAUAUGUCCUCUACUCCCUCAUCUUCCAAACAUGGCUCAGGACGUUUGUCCCAUACCCUCCACAAGCCAUCUCCUAUCCGCUGUUCUUCCAAGGCCGCAUGUCGCUCUUUUGUCUCUUCCAAAAAAAAAAGGUUGACGUCGUUGCAAUCAGCUGUAGGGCCCACAGCAACAUUAAUAACUGAGACAGUGCCGCCGUUAUAUAAAUCGGCAUCGUUUACUCACCAGUGGAAUUAGACGAAGAAGGUACGGUCAUCUUGCUCUUAAUUUUACUUAUACACUCCUCAAUGAUGUUGUGCCGAUCGUGGCACCAGCGUAUAAGUCUCGCAGUUUCUGCUUGUAGACGGGCUUUUUCCUCCACUGCCCGAUCCCGCAUGAGCAUAAAUUUGAUACCUACCAUCCGUUAGCAAAUUUGUGAGAGCCAUCGAACACAGAAGCCCUCACCUUGACGGCAAUCUUGGUUCCGACUCCAAUCUGCCUCUUUAAUGUCAAAGACCAUAUCAUCCCAAAAUAUGUCUUCGUCGUCUUUGGCUUGCAACGCUUCCACAGAGACUGCGAACUCGGGAACAUUUUUCGGAUUAAACGUGUCGGCGUAGUUUUUAACAGCCAAGUCGUACUUUUUGAUCGCCGCGGCAAGAGCAGGAGAGCGCAAUUGCUUAGAGUAUCUUUGUGUAUUUUUGGUCCCUUCGAGCGAGAUAAUAUCAGCCUGCGAUCGUCCAGAUAAAGGGGAAGACCCUCAUUACCAAGCUUCGGUUUCCUCCCCUUGCGGGUUUGCUCAAACUUCUCUGUAACAGCUUUGUAUUUUCGGAAUUGCUGUCGUAAAGUUAUGAAAGCCGCAUGAACCCGACACAAUUGCUUCAUUUCUUCCACAUCUGCAGGUUCAAGAAAUUGAUGUUCAAGAGCCGAAGAGAAGAGCUCGCAGUCCUAUUAAGCCUGACAAGUGGCGAAAGUUUUGAUCAGAACCUCUCCGAGUUUUCACCAUCACUGAAACCAAAGCCAGCGAUCAGACGGGGGUUGUACCUCAUCUGACAUAGCCAGUUAUGAGCAUAAGCGUGGAAAACCGAGACGCCGAUGAGUAGUCGAUUCUGAUCUCGUUCUUCCACCAAUAGAUUGCGCUGAAUUGCAUAUCAAUAAGACUCAAAAGAUUUUCUUUUUCAUGUCCACCUUUUUUAUAUGAGCAUCGAAGUUGCAGCCGAUGUCAUACAGCAAAGCCAGUCGUCCCUCCUUGUCAACAUCUUGCAAAAUCCAUAGAACCAGAG